AUACUCAUUCGAACAUUACUCGACCUGACAUUUACUUAGUGUAGAGCGGAUAUGGGUAGGGGUGGGCCAUGGGGUGAGUUGGGUGGGGUUCGGUCUCAAAUCGACCCACCCGCUUACUAGCGAGUUGGUAUUGUGACACGCUAUGUACCCACAUUCUUAUGCGAGUUGGGUUGGGUAGGCGGUGGAUGAGUGUGGUUGGGUGGUGAGUAAUUAACAAGCAAAAGCAAUUCUCCAAUUGGUCAUUAAGAAAGUUUCUUGUAUAUUUGUAAGAUUGUAUCAAUCUAGACACUUAUCACUUUGUCUCAUGUGAAUCAAUGUAGUAUUUGCAUAAAAAAAUUCAAUACUCCAUCAACCAAUUAUGUAGCGAUCUCCAAUUGUAAUAUUGGCAUUUUGUGACUUUAACAACAACAACAAAAAAUUAUGAUUUGCAUCCAAUAUCUAAUUGAUAUCACGCAACACAAUAACCAAUGAUAGUAGUCCAAAAUAUUCUUCAUUCUCCAUUUUUAGAAGUAGAUGAUCAGUGUGCAGUGCAGUUAAAAUAUAUGAUGAAUAUUCGAUAGCAUAAGAAACAACAUUUGUCAUGUGAUAAUACAGUGCGGAUCAUUCGGAUGACCCGCAAUCCACCCACUCACAUAAGUGUUGGUAGAAGAUUUAUCAAUUCUCAGUUCAUCCACAUCAAUCGCCCAAUAAUUAUGAUUCAACUAAUUUACAGAUGAACAGAUAUCAAUCCACGGAUUAACCACCCAAGUCCCCUCCAUGGGUUAUUGAGUUACCUAUCGAAUUGUCAUCACUAAUUUGUUGGACUGUUAGUUAUCUAAUUCACGGCUCGAUGAUAAAGUGGCAUGUCAUUAUCUCUCUGUUGCUGUUUACAGUAAAGCCAGCCUAGACCUGAAAAACCGACACUGGGCCACAGCCCCACUCACCGUCGUCCCGCUCCAAAAAACGUCAAACGAAUCGUUGAAAUUUCUCCCUACUUAACCAGAGCAGAAAAAUCCCCAAUCCAAAUCACCAGAAACAGUGAUAAUCCAAUCCAAUCAUGGCACCUCCACCGAUCGCUUCUCCGUCUCCGCAUACUAGAAAGUCGCCGCCACCACCGCACGCGGAAUCCCCUCUCUUAUUAUCUUCUCCACCACCAUCCCCUUUUCCAGUCAUUCCUUCUGCCAUGGCUGCUCAAGCUCAAAUUUGAAAGCAGUAGAGGGAAACAAACCUUCCCCCCCUUUUCUAUUAUGGAGUUCACAGCUCUCCUUCUUCUUCUACUCUCUAUUUUCACUCCGUCCUCGGCCUUCGUCCCGACGGACAACUACCUCCUCAACUGCGGCUCCACCGCCAAUGCAACCCUCGACGACAGGGUCUUCGCCGCCGAUUCGGCUUUCCUCGCCGCCGACCGCUCCACUCCUCUCGCAAACCAAAACCCAUCACCCAGUUCGCCGGAACUCUACGCUACAGCUAGGGUUUUCACUUCCGCUUCGGGGUACAAGCUCAACAUCAGGCAGAACGGGACCCACUUGGUACGCCUCCAUUUCUCCCCGUUCCCUUCUCCAAAUUUCAACCUCUCCGCCGCCAAGUUCACUCUCCUGCUCAACGGCAACUCCGUGCUGAGAGAUUUCAGCACCGAGGUGCUCGUAAUCAAGGAGUAUUUGUUUGGAAUCGACGGCGAGGAGCUGGAAAUCCUGCUCCGGCCCGCUGCCGGCGGGUCCAAUUUCGGGUUCGUUAACGCAAUCGAGGUUUUCUCCGCUCCCAAGGACCUCAUAAUCGACCGCGGAGCUCGAAUCGUGAGCCCUAACGCCAUCGGUGAAUUCGACGGCAUGUCGUCGAGGAUUCUGGAGAUGAUUCAUCGAAUCAACGUCGGAGGGUCGAAAAUGACGCCGUUUAACGACACCCUCUGGCGGACUUGGGUCCCCGACGAGGGAUUCCUCGUCCUGAAACCGGCGGCGAAGAAGGUCGUGUCGACGCACCCGCCGAAUUACCAGGCCGGCGGAGCCACGAGGGAAACGGCGCCGGAUCACGUGUACAUGACCGCGCAAUCGAUGAACAGGGGAAACGCAAUUCUAGGUGCCAAGUUCAACAUCAGCUGGAAUUUCCCGGUGGGCUCGAGCGGCGUCCAGCACCUGGUCCGUCUCCAUUUCUGCGAUAUCGUCAGUACAGGUCUCAACUUGUUGUAUUUUAAUGUCUAUUUGAACGAUCUCGAAGCUUACAAAGAUAUGGACCUGUCGUCGCUCACUUUCCACGAGCUGGGCUCUCCAAUGUACGUGGAUUUCGUCGCUGACUCUGACGAUCUGGGGAAGAUGAGGGUCAGCGUUGGACCUUCUGAUCUCAGCACUUCGACACAUGUAAAUGCGAUCUUGAAUGGGGUUGAGAUUAUGAAGAUGGUGAAUCUGGCCGCUUCAGGAAGCGUGUCUAGCGAAAAGAAGAAGAGAAGAACUUGGAUUAUAGUGGGUUCGAUUUUGGGAGGAGGGUUUGGGUUACUCCUUUUGGCUGGAUUGAUGGUCCUUUUAGCUUGCAGAUGCAGGAAGAAGAAGCAAAUGAAGAACCCUCGAUCGAGACGAACGGAAAGCUCAGCUUGGACUACACUGCGUGGGGUCCAAGGUAGCUCGCGCAGCAGAAUGACGGAGCUCACAAUUACAGGUUCCCCAGCCGGAAAUGGCUACCACAACUUGAGAAUCCCUUUCGCGGAAGUCCAAUCCGCGACCAACAAUUUCGACAAGAACUUGAUCAUCGGAAUGGGAGGAUUCGGAAUGGUGUACAAAGGUGUACUCAAAGAUGCAAACAUUAAGGUUGCAGUCAAAAGAGGUGUCCCGGGGCAUCGCCAGGGACUCCCCGAGUUCCAAACCGAAAUCACCGUCUUAUCCAGGAUUCGCCACAGACAUCUUGUUUCCCUCGUGGGUUAUUGUGAAGAACAGUCAGAGAUGAUUCUGGUGUAUGAGUACAUGGAGAAUGGACCCUUGAAGAGCCAUUUGUACGGUCAGGGCCAAGCUACCUUGACGUGGAAGCAAAGGCUGGAGAUAUGUAUCGGUGCAGCGAGGGGGAUACAUUACCUUCACACGGGGUUCAUCCCGGGGAUCAUCCAUCGAGACAUCAAGUCGACGAACAUCCUGUUGGACGAGAACCACGAGGCUAAAGUCGCGGACUUUGGGCUCUCGAGGGCAGGGCCGUGCCUGGACGAGACCCACGUGAGCACCGGGGUGAAGGGCAGCUUCGGGUAUCUAGACCCCGAAUACUUCAGACGACAGCAGCUGACUGACAAGUCUGAUGUUUACUCCUUCGGUGUUGUGAUGUUGGAAGUUCUCUGCGCCAGGCCAGCCAUCGACCCUUUGCUAGCGAGGGAGCAAGUGAACCUGGCCGAGUGGGCGUUGCAGUGGAAGCAGAGCGGCAGGCUCGACCAGAUCAUCGACCCCAAACUUCGAGGGCAGAUCAAGCACCGCUCGCUCGAGAAGUUCGUGGAGACCGCGGAGAAGUGCUUGGCGGAGUAUGGAGUGGAUCGCCCCAGCAUGGGAGAUGUGCUGUGGAACCUGGAGUACGCGCUUCAGGUUCAGGAGUCUGGAUCUUUGCGUGAAGAUAGUAACGCAAACGGCGACCCGGUAAUGGUGGUGGGGAAUGGUGAUAGGAGUGAAGAGAAUUGCAGCUCUGAAGCAUCCACAGCUCUGGUUUUCUCCCAGCUCGUGACUAAUGAAGGCAGGUAGUGUUUGUGAUUUGGGAAUUUUUAUUUUUCGAGAGGUUUGUUUCUGUGCCAUGAGGAGCUCAAUGGGUUUGUUGUAGGAUUUCACACUUAGUUAGGCUUGAGUGAGUAUUGUAUUGUGAGUUUGAUUGAUGUACACAGUGAAAUUGUAAAUGGAACUUUAUCAGAAGGAUCGAAGUUUCGGUUCACUGAAAUAUUAAAUUGCAGCAGCAGGGCUUCAUGCCGGAUAUCCAGAGUAUCAUCUCAUAGAGAUUUCCAAUCCAGUAGCCGGAUUAUAUAUAGCUAAAUGGAUCGGGUCGGGUCACAAUGGUGUGGGCUAUGGUGGGUGGUGGAUCGGGUCAUAAUGAAUUGGCCUUAGGAAUGGCAAUAGGCAGGUCCGGGACGGGUUUUUUGGUACCCAGACCCAUUCUAUGGCAGGUUGGGUUCAGAUUGGGUAAUUUAUUACGGGUCGCGGGUCGGGACUUGGUAGGCCAUGACUAGGGCCCAUGACUUGUUGGAUCACCAUGGGUUGAGUUAUGGUGAGUUAGUAGAUGCGUGAGAAUCAAACCAAACCCAAAAAUUAAUAUCAAACCAAACCGGUUAUCACCCUACCCAAUUUGACGUGGCAGUUUGCUUGGAAUAAUAAUUGAUUGAAAACAUGCGUGAUGGGCCGGCCGACAUGGGCCGUCGCUCUCAGGUUGUCCGUAUCCCAGUGGGUCUGAUCCUAUAACCAGCAACCACGCUAAAAAAAUUUGAAAAACCAUAGUGAUACAGCUGGAAGACCACCCAUCCCCGCAACACUUUAAUUGUUUUAAUUUUUUAUUAACAUCGUUACACAGUUAAAAUAUCACUUCCUUGAUUUAAACUCUUACUUACUGUUCACUUCCAUUUUUGUUUCCUGUUUCUGUUUUCAUGUAAUAAAUUUGGCAACCGAAAUGAGAAAACUUGUUUAUUUUUCAUUCUGUUUUCUAUUCGUUUCCAAUUAUGAAAACAGAAAGUGGCAACUUCCUGCUGUUUUCGGAAAUGACAAAAUGUUGUUUUCACCUGUUUUCAACAUCUGUUUUCUCAAAAACAGGAAACAGAAAUGAAAGUAAAACCCGAAGUCGUAGAAUCUUAGGAGUCGUUUGGAUGGAGUAUUUGUAUGAGUUAUUUGGGUUCAAAUAACUCACAAUGAGUUAUUUGGAUGCAAAUAACUCGUUUGGCAGCGUUUUAGCGAAAUGAGUUAUUUGGAUAGUGAGUUAUUUACAAAUAACUCAAAACGAGUUAUUUGAAAUAACUUAUACUCAUGUGUUAUUUCGAAAUAACUCGUUUUAUCACUAUGCUUUUACCAAAUACCACAUGUCAAAUACCACAUUUGGAUGGUUCAACCAAACGAGAUACUUUAUUUCAAUUACCACUAAAAUAACACUGAAAUACCACAUGAGCAAUAAAUGAGUUAUUGGACA